UGAAGUCAGUAAACCACAGCCUUCAACAUGCUCUGCUCAGGCAGCAGCGGUGGCUUCUCAGUGCUGUCUCGGCCAUGACACACAUUUGACAUGCCCUCCUUUAAACCGCUCAGAGACGGUCUCUCUUGCCCUGCAGCAUGGACCAAAGAGAAGUCCUACAGAAGUUCCUGGAUGAGGCCCAAAACAAGAAAAAUAACAAAAAGGAGUUUGCCAGUGAAUUUCUGAUGCUGAAACGACAAUCUACCAAGUACAAGGCAGAUAAAACCUAUCCCACAACAGUGGCUGAGAACCCCAAGAAUAUCAAGAAAAACAGAUAUAAGGAUAUCUUGCCAUAUGAUCACAGCCUAGUAGAGCUGUCCAUGAUAACCUCUGAUGAGGAUUCCAGCUACAUCAACGCCAGCUUCAUUAAGGGAGUUUAUGGACCCAAGGCUUAUAUUGCCACCCAGGGACCUUUGCCUACAACUGUCCUGGACUUCUGGAGGAUGAUUUGGGAAUACAGCGUCCUGGUCAUUGUUAUGGCAUGCAUGGAGUUUGAAAUGGGGAAGAAAAAAUGUGAGCGAUACUGGGCUGAGCCAGGAGAGAUGCAACUGCAGCUUGGCCCUUUCUCCAUAUCCUGUGAAACUGAAAAUAGAAAAUCUGAUUAUACAAUCAGGACUCUAAAAGCCAAGUUCAAUAGUGAAACUCGAACUAUCUAUCAGUUUCAUUACAAGAAUUGGCCAGACCAUGAUGUGCCUUCAUCUAUAGACCCUAUUCUUGAGCUCAUCUGGGAUGUGCGUUCUUACCAAGAGGAUAACAGUGUCCCCAUAUGCAUUCACUGCAGCGCUGGUUGCGGAAGGACUGGUGUUAUUUGCGCUAUUGAUUAUACGUGGAUGUUGCUAAAAGAUGGGAUAAUUCCUGAGAACUUCAGUGUUUUCAAUUUGAUCCAGGAAAUGCGAACACAGAGGCCUUCAUUCGUUCAAACUCAGGAACAGUACGAACUGGUCUACAACGCUGUAGUAGAACUAUUUAAGAGACAGAUGGAUGUUAUCAGGGAUAAACACGCUGGGACAGAGAUUCCAGCAAAGUAUUCAGAUUCUCAGCAAAAUCCCAAUAUAGAAGCAGGCUUUUAUUCUCCUAAUUUACCAAAAAGCAGCAUACAAGAAGCAAAAGUGAUGGACCAACAGAGCAAAAGAAGGAUAAGGGUGAAAAGUGCAGAAGCUUCUUCCUUUGACUUCAGGACUUCUGAAAUUAGUGAAAAGGAAGGGCUAGUUAUGCACCCUGCUAAACAGAGCAGUUCUUUAGAAUUUUUGGAGCUGAAUUGUGGUUGUAACAAAAAUGCUGACACAACCAUGAAAUGGGAGACUAAGGCAUUUCCAAUAGUUGGGGAGCCUCUUCAGAAGCAUCAGAGUUUGGACUUGAGCUCCAUUUUGUUUGGAGCAUGUCCUAACUCUAAACCCGUUAAUGCAGCUGGAAGAUAUUCUAAUUUAAAGGAACCAAUAAUGCGGACCAAAUCAACUCCCUUUGAAUUGAUACAAGAGAGAGACACCAGAAAAUUCAACAUCAGGGAAAAUUUCUAUUUGGAAUCUCAAGCACACAAUUCUUGUGUUGAGCAGGCUCAAAAAAUGAAGCAUGUUUCUUCAGCGGAACUGAAUUAUUCACUGCCGUACGACUCCAAGCAUCAAGUGUGUAAUGUCUCUGAGGCCAAGCAGUGUGACUCUGGUGCAUUGAAUGUACAUUCUUACAUGUCUUUAGCAGAAGAUUCUAAUUUUUCAUCCUUGUCCCCAAGUAGUGCUGGUUCUAAGAUGUCUCUUGAUUUACCUGAAAAGCAAGAUGAAACUAUUCUACCUUGUUCUUCUCCGCCAAAAUCCUCGACAACUUUCCUUCCAUAUAACAAUUCACGUGAUUCUUUAGCACUGAAUCCUCCAACCAAUUUUCCCAUGCCCCUGAACCAAGAGACAGCAGUAAUAGCAAAUUCUCCAAGGAUAGAUGAUGAAAUUCCCCCUCCACUUCCUGAACGGACACCCGAGUCUUUUAUUGUGGUCGAGGAAACUGGAGAAUUACCACUUAGUGGCCCCAAAUCUGUAUCUUCCACUGUGAAGGUAAAAACUGGAGCAUCACUAGAAUGUAGUGGAACAUCUGAAUCUAAGAAUUCUGAUGACCUGAGUAUUAAACUCCAGAGUCCCAACUCAGAUCUAUACCAAGAUCGUUCUUCUUCUCCACCACCUCCACUGCCAGAAAGAACCUUAGAGUCCUUCAUUGUUGCUGAUGAGGAUUGUAUGCAGGCUAAAUCUAUAGAGACUUAUUCUACGAGCUGUUCUAAUACCAUGGAAAAUUCAACAUCUUCAAAACAGACACUGAAGACUCCUGGAAAAAGUUUCACAAGGAGUAAGAGUUUGAAAAUUUUGCGAAACAUGAAAAAGAAUGUCUGUAAUUCUUCCCCACCAAACAAGCCUGCAGACCCUGUUCCGUCAAAUAACUCCAGUUCCUUUCUGAAUUUUGGUUUUGCAAAUCGUUUUUCAAAACCCAAAGGACCAAGGAAACCACCAUCAACUUGGAAUCUUUAACACAACUUUGGAAUAUAGACUGGAACUGAAUAUGCAAAUAAAACUACUAGAAUACUGCUAGCUAAAAUAAAUGAUCUAUAUUCAUAAUAUCAACAAUGAAGAUAUGGAAUGUGUUAGUUUUUAAAAGAAAAGCAAUAUGCAAAUAAGUGCCAGAAGUUUUACAUUUUCAUCUCAUUUACAUUGGGUUGGGAAAGUGCAAAUAAGAGUUUGUCACUUGAGCUAUGUAUAAAGAAUGCUGUAUAAGAAAGUUUUAGAAUGGACUUAUUUUCCAUUUUUGGAAGUUAUUUUUAUUUUACUUUACUUUUCUACCUAAAUAGAAACUAAAAGACUUGUAAGAAUUGGAUCUCAAUUAAAUGUCGGAUACUGCCAGAAAUGACUAUAAAUAGCGUUUUGAAAAAAUCUUACUUUGUGGUUACAGUACAAAAUUACUGCUUGUGACAAUGACUAUUCUCUGGGAGUUAUUUUUGCCUAAAUGGAGUAUACAUCUUUCUAAAUGUUGUGGGAAAUAAAGAGUAGUAAGAAAAGAAGUUAUAUUUAAGAGAAUAAAAUAUGUGUGUAAUGCCAGUAAUCAAUCUUUUAUAUGGAUACACCAAAUAACAAGAGUUCAGUUACAUUUCUGAUGAGUUUUAGGUGAAAUUAUUCAAUUACUAAAUCUAGAAGAAUAAUCAACAAAGUAGCUAUCUUUUGAUAGCAUUUUUUUUUUCAUCUCAAAAGUCCUAUAUAAAUAAACAUGGACAAUUUAUAUUCAGCUCAUCAGAGGUACUACUACUUAAAUUUUUUUUUCUAUGUGAAUAUGGCUCUGUGUUAAGAAAGUUUAUCUAAUUUUAUGUAACAAAUAAAUUAGCAGGUAAUAAUUAAGCAUUCUGCUGAAUUCCCCUCAACGAUUUCAUUUAAAAUUUUUAUAAACUCUCUAAAAAUCAAAUACUUAAGACAGUAUUUGUUCUUCAAUAUUUUUCAUUAGCAAUCCCAACGAAGGCACACAUUGGAUGAAAUAUUACCUGUUUAUUGUGUAAUGUAUACAACAGGUGCUCAAUAAACUUCUGUUUUUAAACUAA